AUGUCAGGCAGGUAGUCUUCUCUAGAAAAUUGCAGUGAUAUGGCUGGUGUUUAAGGGAAAAGGCAGACCUCCAGUUAUUAAUGGGAAGAAAUAACUGAUAACCUCUUUAUAUCAUACUAAUGAGGAGUGCCUGGCACUGCUUGGGAAUGUGUAGAAACCCAAAAAUAUUGUGACUUUCAAAUAGCUAGUGCAACUUGUGAGUUUGGGCCCAUCACACCAAAAAUCAGGCAAAGUCACACCAAAGUCAUGUUCUACUUCACUAUCUUGAUUUGAAGUGGUGACUGGCAUCCAAAUAUCGAUGAAGGCUGCUGGAGCCUUCAUGAGAAGUUUGGUGAUAAUGUCUCAAGUAGUAUCCGAACCCAUAGAAAACAGACAAUCCAUUUUCCAAAAUAUAGAUUGGUUUGGCAUCAUUUUUUCCACCAUAGUGUAACGAUUGGGAAAAGCCAGCUACCUAAAAUCACCUCUAAUUACUGGGGGCCAUCUGCUCCCUAGUCCAACCCAGGCAGAAGAUUCUAGGGCAAAUGGACUGUUUGUCUGGACCACAGAGGGAAGACGCUAGGCUUGGGCAGAAAUUGGAUCAGUGAUGUGUGCUUUUGGUGUGUUCCAUAAUGUAACAAUGAAAUGGCACCAGUGAACCAAAGUUUACAUUAAUGUUUGUAACUGACCAAAACAAGCAAUUGGACUGAAAAACCAAAGAAAUAAAACAGUGAAAAAGACUGUGAAAAGUCUCGGACUCACGUUAUAUUUGCAUACCUCUAAAGAUCUAAGAGGGACGUGGGUGGCACUGUGGGUUAAACCACAGAGCCUAGGGCUUGCCAAUCAGAAGGUUGGCGGUUCGAAUCCCCGCGACGGGGUGAGCUCCCGUUGCUCGGUCCCAGCUCCUGCCAACCUAGCAGAUCGAAAGCACGUCAACGUGCAAGUAGAUAAAUAGGUACCGCUCCGGCAGGAAGGUAAACGGUGUUUCUGUGCGCUGCUCUGGUUCGCCAGAAGCGGCUUAGUCAUGCUGCCACAUGACCCAGAAGCUGUAUGCCGGCUCCCUCGGCCAAUAAAGCAAGAUGAGCGGCGCAACCCCAGAGUCGGCCACGACUGGACCUAAUGGUCAGGGGUCCCUUUACCUUUAAGUAUCUAAGACGAGCCUACUGGAUCAGGGCAGUAACCUCUUUUGUCGAGCAUCUUAUUCUCAUAGUGGCAACCAGAUGCCUGUGGGAAGCCUGUAAGCAGGAUCUGAGCACAAGAGUAUUCUCAUUUGCAAUUCCCAGCAACGGGUAUUCAGAGCAUGGUAUAUGGGGUGUUAGGGGAGGGGUAGUACCUCUGGGGGAGGGACACAUCAUGCUUCUGGGGUAGUUUGUCCAGCUUUGGUCUCCGCCCUGCACUCAGCUUUCACCUCUGGCUCCUGGAAGCUGCCUGCAUGCAACAGCGGCUGCACCCCAGGAAUGGCUUCUAGUGGCAGGCUAAGGCAGGAGGGGGUGAUUGAUGGGUGUCAAACCCUCAGUGAGUUAGGGACUUCCUCUGCGUGCAAAUACAGGCUCUGGCAGAUCGAGCAGGAAAGAUCAAUAGUCCAAUGGUCAAUAAUGCAGUUUGCAAAAUGCUACAGAGGGAAGUGAGGGGCAGAUGGGGCUCGUCAACCUGGGAAGGGAGCCCACCUUAGAGAAGGAAAACCCUGAUCCUAAACCUCUGCUGCCUUGUGGGAUAUCUUUGGGAGAAGAAAUGCCUCGGGAGCAAACCCUACAGAAAGGCUGAGAACACACCAUGCAUUUAAAGCACACGAAUUCCUCCCUAACAAUCCUGGGAACUGUAGUUCACCGCUCACAGAGCUACAGUUCCCAGAAAGCUUAACAAACCACCGCCUGCUGCCACGCUGCUUUUAUUCUUUCAUUUCUUCUGCAGCCUUGAAAAAAGAACAAAAGGAUUGCUCUUUGGUCCUCUGGAGGGGCGAGAGAGUUGGAAGAGUUGGGUGCAAGCCCAAAUCAAUGGCUGGCUGUCUCCCCCACCCUCUCCUUCUCCUUUUCUUUCUUUCUUUCUUUCUUUCUUUCUUUCUUUCUUUCUUUCUUUCUUUCUUUCUCUCUCCCUCCCUCCUAUCCCUUCCCUCCUCCAUCUCCCCUUCUCCCAACCCCUCUCAGCCCUCCCUUCUUCCAGAUCCCUCCUCCUUUUCCUACCAGACAGAGACUGAGAGAGGGGGGCGACUGUGGUCCGGACCCCCUCAAAAAAAAAGCCCUACUUCGAUCGCAGACUUCACCCCCCUCUCCGGGUAAGUCGAUCGACACUUAACUAAGUUUUCUUCUUCGUCGCGUCGUCUUGGUUGCAUGCGGGAGGGGGCGAGCACUUUCCCCAACUCUUAGCCAUCACUAUGCGCCCCCACGCCGUCCAAAAAAAAGGCCUGGAAAUAUGGGGAGGGGGUCGAGAGAGAGUCCUUGGCCGCGGGCUACGUCCAUACCUUGAAUGGGGGACAGCGGUCCGGCAUCUUUGUAAUUCCUCCUGUUACUACUCAGUUUUAUUUAUGAUUUACUUGAGGGGGCGAAGAGUGUUAGCUACUUUAGCCCAUGAUAUGCAAUCCCCAAGAUGCUUUUAUAAUGUACUAGUUUAACUUGGUAUGAAAUGUACUAGUACUAGUUUAAUUGGUAUGGAAGCUCAUACCAAUAACUUAGUUGGUUAAUUCAUACCAAUUGGUAUGAAUGUACUAGGCUAAUUGGUAUGAAAGCUCAUACCAAUUUUAAAAUUUAAUUCUAUUUGUUUUGUUUUCUUUCAACUACGGCAGACCAACACGGCUCCCUACCUAUAAAUAGUUUAACCUAGAUUAGCUGCUUCUCUCCCCCAAUGUUCCUAUAGUGGAGAGAAGAGACCCCAUCCCCCAGCAUAGUAAUCUGUAUUGAAAAGUUGUGGGAGCCGAAGAGAUCAACAGAUCCCUUGGUCGGUUAGAGUAGAUCUAGAUGGGAAGUACUGUAUAACAGAGGGAAGGGGGAAAUGUUAAUAUAACCACUUUGCAGCUGCAGGAACUAAAUUUGUAAUACUUAUUAAAGAGGCAUCAGGGAAGUGUUACAGAAUCUGUGUUGAUAGGGGUACCGCCGUCCACAUUUGUUUAGGACGCAAAAGGUAUCUGUGGGGCAGCUGGCGAAUAAACGUUUUUGUGGGCUACUCAAUUUUUUGUCACCUGAUCAAUGUUCCUCUCCCCAUAGGUAACUAUAUAUCUUCCACUUUCUUCCAGGUCUGUCUACCCGCCCCCUACCGCCCCACAUUGUAGCAAUGCCCCACGGUGUGGCCUUCCUUUUGGUGGCAGCCACAUGGGCUGUGGUCUCCCGUGCUGAUGGGUGCAAUAAGGCCCUCUGUGCCAGCGACGUCAGCAAGUGCUUACUGCAGGUAAGAGGUUGGGAAAGUGCUGUCUUGCAUCAGAUCUUGUUGCAGACCUGGAUUUGGGAUGGGCAAGCUCCUGGCCAGGGCCGGCUUUAGGUUUGAUGAGGCCCUAAGCUACUGAAGGGAAUGGGGCCCUUUAUAUGUCCAGCUGUCCUUUGUCAACAACAUAUUGUCACUGUUUUUCGUGUUGAAUAUAUGCUAUAUGGUCAUUUAUGGGCCUAAUAGGUUUCUAAAGCCAUUUGCCCAUGUUGCCAUGCAACCAGUCCGUGCAGAAUGUAGGCACCCUAUAUAUAGAAAUGAGCAAACCAGUGAUAUUUUAGGGAGCAGGCGAGCAGGCGGGGCCCAUGACUUACAUCAUAGGAGCCUACACAACACAAAACACUGUUGCUGUAUGUAGGUUUUGUUUCACAGUCAUACCUCGGGUUACAGACACUUCUGGUUGCGUGUAUUCGGGUUGUGCACCGCGCUGAACCCGGAAGUACCGGAACGGGUUACUUCCGGGUUUUGGCGCAUGCGCAGAAGCACCAAAUCACAACCCGCGCAUGCGCAGACGCGGUGCUGUGGGUUGCGAACGCUGCGGGUUGCGAACGUGUCUCCCACACGGAUCACGUUCGCAAUCCAAGCGUCCACUGUAUUUUUUUUACCUUACAUUUUGGAAAUGCACAUCCAGUUUUUUUUCCUUUAAAUUUUUUUGGGCCCCCAAGAAAUAUAGCCCUAAGCUAUAGCUUGUUUAACUUAUACGUAAAUCCAGCACUGCUCCUGAGAUCCCUUCUCCCCCUUGAAUGGGAGGCUCAGUCACACCACUAACCAGUGCUCUCACACAAAAUGUGGUUAGAAUGCGUGACAAGUACUUCUCGGUAGCGAUCAACCCUCUAUGUAUCUGCAUGAGCCGCUACCACGGGCUUCCUUUGGAUUGGCAGCCCAGAACAGUCACUCACGCAGAAGCACAGCAAGGCAACCUCUUCAUUUGGGGAGGCUGAACUACCCGGUCACAGCUGAUGCAGCAAUCAGGGGAGAACAGCGCAUUCAUGGCAGGGGGCUGACUGGACAGAGUUGAGGCCAGGGCAUCAGGCAGAGAGGCAGUGGGCAACCUCCUUCUCUGGGAGGGUAAACCUGAGUUCACAGAAUCUGCUAAGUAUUUAAUUAUUUCUCAACACACGAUCUGUGUAAUGAGAUGUAAUUAAAUAUGAAAACUUAAUUAAAAUUAUUUUUAAAAUAAUUAUUUCUCAACACGCACACAUUUUGGAAGAAUGGGGGACUUUUUUGGACUAUUUGAAAAAGCACUAUAAAAUGAAAUUGCGGGCAGGAUUUGAGAAGAAAGGAUAAAGUGAUUGCAUUAGAGGGAUUUCUGUAAUAGAUAAAAUAUUGAUAUAUAAUGUAGUAGAAAUGGGUAGGAACAAAAACAAUGUGGUGUGGGUGGGAAGUCAAUAUAUGAAAAAUGUAACUAUUUAAUUUGAAGUCAGUUUGUAACACUGGUCCUGAAAGAACCUUCAUUGGCUCCCAGUAUGUUUCCGAGCACAGUUCAAAGUGUUGGUGCUGACCUUCAAAGCCCUAAACGGCCUCAAAGGCCCAGUAGACCUGAAGGAGUGUCUCUACCCCAUCGUCCAGCCUGGACACUGAGGUCCAGCUCCGAGGGCCUUCUGGCGGUUCCCUCCCUGCGAGAAGCCAAAUUACAGGGAACCAGGCAGAGGGCCUUAUCGGUUAUGGGGCUGUACUUGUCGAAUUGGCCACCCUCACUUUGGGGGCAAAACAGGGGCAGAUUUGUGUGCGCGUUGGUGUGAUCGUUUUACAAAGGGAACCGGGCAGGGGGGAGGUCACUGUUAACAGCCCCACUUGAUAUCUCUUGGCAGGAAGUGUGCCAGUGCGAGGCCAACCGUGCUGGGUGCCCGUGCUGUCGAGAAUGUGCUUUCUGCUUGGGCAAUCUCUGGGAGUCCUGCUGUGAAUGUGUGGGUGAGUGAAUUCCAGGGGGUGCUAAACGCCCGUCACAUUGCAGGGUGGGAAAAAAGGUGGGGGCCAAAGUAGAGAUGGGAAGCUCUGGGGGAAAAAACAGGAAUAAGGGGGGGGGGGGAAACAGGGGGUUUCCAAAGCCAUUUUUUUCUGGAAAAAUUGAAAAAAGCAGUUUGAAUAUUCCACACACUUUCCCCCAUUUUUUCUGGAAAAAAACGGGGGGGGGAACCGCAAGGCCUUUGAGGAAGCUGGAGUCCUCUUAGCGCUGCAUACGAAGGAGGUUCUCUACCACCACGAUUGGGCCCCGUCCCCUAAACUGUGAAAAUAUGGCUGGGAGGAGGGUUUCCAGAACCAGGACGCUGCCCGCUUCUUCCCAGUGGCUGAACUGUGGUCCAUGAGGAAUUCCGCCUUGAUUUCUCUUCUCCGCAAGGGCUGUGUGACGAACGCCCCUCCUCGGCUCCCCGCCCUGCCCUGCGGAGCUCCAUGCACAACCUGAUGUCCCCGGUGCCCUCGCUCUUCCGGGCACUCAUGGCCAUCUCUGACAACGACCCUCCCAUGGGCUGGAGCAUCCUGACCCUACCAGUCGAAGAGGAGCUGCGGCAGAACCACGCGGAGACCGGCCACCUCCUCCUGGGGCCUCACACAGGUAUGCGUGUGGCGGGGAGAGAGGGGACUGUUGGGAGACGCAGGUGGCGCAGGAAGGAGACAUGCCAUUUGCAUGGGGGAGGUGGGUUAAGAGGCAGCGUGGUAUAGUGGUUAGAGCUUCAGACUAGAACAGAGAGCAGGGCUUGAUCUACAGUAAUAAACGACAGGAAACAUUCAGAUUGACACAUACCGUAUUUUUCGCUCUAUAGGACACACUUUUCCCCCUCCAAAAAUGAAGGGGAAAUGCGUGUGUGUCCUAUGGAGCGAAUGCAGGCUUUCGCUGAAGCCUGGAGAGUGAGAGGGGUCAGUGCACACCGACCCCUCUCGCUCCCCGAGCUUCAGGCAGCUAUCCGCAAGCCUUUGGAGCGCAGCAGGACUUCCCGCCAGGCUCCAAAGGCUUGCGGAUAGCAGCUUGCAGCCUUGCCGCCGCUCACGGACCUGUUCUGGGGGCUGGGGUUGGCUUCCCCAGCCCUGCGGCUAAAAACGAAGCCGCUCGCAACCUCUCCCGGCUGGAGAGGUUGUGUGCGGCUAAAGAGGAAGCCAAGACAGCCAGCGGGAUGGAUCCCACUCGCUGUCUUGGCUUCUUUGCUCUUUGGGGCUGGGGGGGGGAAUAAUUCCCCCCCUUUAUUUCCCUCCCUAAAAACUAGGUGCGCCCUGUGGUCCGGUGCACCCUAUGGAGCGAAAAAUACGGUACCUGUUCACAGUGGCACCUGAUGGUUUUUUGGGAUUGGCGCGGGGGUUACUUGAGUGAUGUGUGCUGUAACCUAGAAGGGCCAUUGCCCAGGGACAGAACAUCUGCUUUGCAUGCAGAAGGUCGCAGAAGGUUCAUCUUCCGGUAGCACCGGGAAUGUCUUGUCUGAAACUCUGGAGCACAGCUGCCAGUCAGUGCAGACAAUACAGGGUUAGAUGGACUUUUGAUCUGACUCGGAGUAAGACAGCCCUGGUUCAAUUCGCACAUGAGCUCGUCAUUCCCAGCCGUUGCCUCCCAGCCUUCCCAUUGGCCAGGCUAGCUCCAUACUGCCUACACAGGCUGGCAGCAUCUCUCCAGGGUCUCAGUCUAGAUUCUCUCCUAGCCCUACCAGGGAUCGACCCUGGGACCUUCUUCGUGCAAAGCAGACGCACGACAUCUGAGCUGCAGCUUUUGUCCUGGGUUCAACCGCAACGGCCGCAAACCUUCUCUCCUCUCACUUCCAGGCUUGGCCCUCUCGGAUGCCAAGGGCCUCAAUGCCACCAUGCCACCGUGCCAGUCCAUUUUCUUCAACGAGUGCCUGUCCAUGAGCCGGUGCCGGACGGCUUGCCAGUCGGUGGGCGCCUGGCGCUACCGCUGGUUCCACAAUGCCUGCUGCCAAUGUCUGGGGCCAGACUGCCUGGGCUAUGGGGGAGCCCACGCACAAUGUUCCAGUUGCCGGGACUGA